AUGCUUACAAGGAACUGCUUAUCCCUGCUUCUCUGGGUCCUGUUUGAUGGAGGUCUCCUAACACCACUGCAUCCACAACCACAGCAGACUUUAGAAGCAGAGCCAAGGGAAAAUGUUGUCCCAGUGCCAGGGAGGAGGUCAUCUGCCCAGCGAGUCAAACGAGGCUGGGUGUGGAAUCAAUUUUUUGUGCUGGAGGAGUACAUGGGUUCCGAACCUCAGUAUGUGGGAAAGCUUCAUUCUGACUUGGACAAGGGAGUGGGCACUGUUAAAUAUACCCUUUCAGGAGAUGGUGCUGGCACAGUUUUUACCAUUGAUGAGACCACAGGAGACAUUCAUGCCAUAAGGAGCCUAGAUCGAGAAGAAAAACCUUUCUACACACUCCGGGCUCAGGCUGUGGAUGUUGACACCAAGAAACCCCUAGAGCCUGAAUCAGAGUUCAUCAUCAAAGUGCAGGACAUUAAUGAUAAUGAGCCAAAGUUCCUGGAUGGGCCUUAUGUUGCCAGUGUCCCAGAAAUGUCUCCAGUGGGAGCAUAUGUGCUUCAAGUAAAGGCAACAGAUGCUGAUGAUCCCACUUAUGGAAACAGUGCUAGAGUGGUUUACAGCAUUCUUCAGGGACAACCAUAUUUCUCCAUUGAUCCGAAAACAGGUGUAAUAAGAACAGCUUUGCCAAAUAUGGACAGAGAAGUGAAAGAACAAUAUCAAGUUCUCAUCCAAGCCAAGGACAUGGGAGGACAGCUGGGAGGACUAGCUGGUACUACCACUGUAAACAUUACUCUCACGGAUGUCAAUGACAACCCACCCAGAUUUCCUAAGAGUAUCUUCCAUUUAAAAGUUCCUGAGUCUUCUCACGUUGGUUCUGCUAUUGGAAGGAUCAGAGCUGUGGACCCUGAUUUUGGGAAGAAUGCAGAAAUUGAGUACAACAUAGUUCCAGGAGAUGGAGGAAACUUGUUUGACAUCACAACAGAUGAGAACACCCAGGAAGGAGUCAUCAAACUGAAAAAGCCAUUAGACUUUGAAACAAAAAAGGCAUACACCUUUAAAGUCGAGGCCUCCAAUCUCCAUCUUGACCAUCGAUUUCACUCGGUGGGUCCAUUCAAAGAUACUGCCACUGUGAAGAUAAAUGUGUUGGACAUGGAUGAACCUCCAGUUUUCAGCAAGCCUAUGUACACAAUGGAGGUUUAUGAGGAUACGCCUGUGGGGACCAUUAUAGGUGCAGUGACAGCACAAGACCUCGAUGCUGGCAGCAGCUCAGUUAGAUACUUCAUCGAUUGGAAGAAUGAUGUGGACAGCUACUUUACAAUAGAUGCUACUGAAGGAACCAUUGCCACUAAUGAAUUACUGGACAGAGAAAGCACAGCACAGUACAAUUUCUCUGUAAUUGCAAGUAAAGUUAGUAACCCACUAUUAACCAGCAAAGUCAACGUUAUAAUAAAUGUCCUGGAUGUCAACGAGUUUCCUCCUGAAAUUUCAGUUCCAUAUGAGACAUCUGUAUGUGAAAAUGCCAAGCCAGGACAGGUGAUACAGACUGUCACUGCAGCAGACAAAGAUUUGUCACCAGCUGGGCAAAGGUUUUCCUUCAGACUGUCACCUGAGGCUUCCAACAAACCCAAUUUCACAGUCCAUGACUACAGAAACAACACAGCUGGGAUUGAAACCAGGAGAAAUGGUUACAGCAGAAGGCAGCAAGAACUGUACUUUCUUCCAGUAGUAAUAGAAGAUAGCAGUUACCCUGUUCAGAGCAGCACAAACACAAUGACUAUCCGUGUUUGCAGAUGUGAUUCUGAUGGUACCAUCCUGUCCUGCAACGUGGAAGCAAUCUUCUUACCAGUAGGCCUCAGCACAGGAGCGCUGAUUGCAAUCUUGUUGUGUAUUGUUAUACUUCUAGUCAUUGUGGUACUGUAUGUAGCACUACGGAGGCAGAAGAAAAAGGACACUCUGAUGACCUCUAAAGAAGAUAUCAGAGAUAAUGUUAUCCAUUAUGAUGAUGAAGGAGGUGGAGAAGAGGACACCCAGGCUUUUGAUAUAGGUGCCCUGAGGAAUCCCAAAGUGAUUGAAGACAACAAAAUACGCAGGGACAUAAAACCAGACACCUUGCGUUUUCCACGUCAGAGACCACCAGUGGAAGAUAACACAGACAUAAGAGAUUUCAUUAAUCAAAGGCUGCAGGAAAAUGAUGUAGAUCCAACUGCACCCCCUUAUGACUCCUUGGCAACCUAUGCUUAUGAAGGCAAUGGAUCUGUUGCAGAGUCUCUCAGCUCUAUAGACUCCCUUACUACAGAGGCAGACCAGGAUUAUGACUACCUGAGUGACUGGGGACCUCGCUUUAAGAUCUUGGCAGACAUGUUUGGAGAAGAAGAAAGUUAUAACCCUGACAAAGUCACUUAA